GAAGCUCUCGUGAAAGAGGAGGAGGAGGAGAAUGAUGUUACAAUACAAAAACGAGUAGAGGGUGAGGGUGUUACCGUGAAAGAAGAAGAGAAAGACGUUACAGAGAAAGAAGAGGAAGACGCAUUCAGAGUGAAAGAGGAGGAGGAUGUUACUGUGAAAGAAAAUGAGGAAGAUGCAGUUUUUGGAGUGGAGGAUGAAGUGAAAGAAGAUGAAGACGUUUUUGGAAUGAAGGAUGAAGAGGGAGAGAUCACUGUCACUUUAGAGGAGGACGAAGAAGAGAAGACUGGAGAACUGAUUAACACAAGUAAAUACAGAGAGAGACGUGGCUAUCGUGAAUCCUAUGGGGAGCCUCAACAACCUCAUGAUGCUGAUGAGGCAGAGAAGAGUCUCUCCAGAUCAGAACACCUCAAGAAACACCCGCAGAGAUCCACAGGGAAGAGAAUUCACUGUUGCUCUGACUGUGGGAAGAGAUUCACCUCCUCAUCAGGCAUUAAAAUUCAUCAGAGAAUCCACACAGGAGAGAAAUAUUUUAGCUGUACUCAAUGUGGGAUGAGUUUUACUACAUCUGGCGCUCUGACUUUACACCAGAGAACACACACAGGAGAGAAAUCUUCUAGCUGUGAUCAAUGUGGGAAGAGUUUUACUGAAUCUAGCAAUCUGACUCUACUCCAGAGAACACACACAGGAGAGAAAUCUUAUAGCUGUGGUCAAUGUGGGAAGAGUUUUGGUCAAUCUAGUGAUCUGACUGUGCACCAGAGAAUACACACAGGAGAGAAACCCUAUAGCUGUGAUCAAUGUGGGAAGAGUUUUAUUACAUCUAACAUUCUGACUCGACACCAGAGAACACACACAGGAGAGAAACCUUAUAGCUGUGACCAAUGUGGGAAAAGUUUUACUGAAUCUAGCAAUCUGACUCGACACCAGAGAACACACACAGGAGAGAAACCGUAUAGCUGUGACCAAUGUGGGAAGAGUUUUGGUCAGUCUAGCGAUCUGACAGUGCACCAGAGAACACACACAGGAGAGAAACCGUAUAGCUGUGGUCAAUGUGGGGAACGUUUUGGUCAAUCUGGCCAUCUGACAGUACACCAGAGAAGACACACAGGAGAGAAGUAUUUUAGCUGUAAUCAAUGUGGGAAGAGUUUUUCAAGAUCUGAUUCACUAAAAGUACACCAGAGAAUUCACACAGGAGAGAAAUCUUAUAACUGUGAUCAAUGUGGGAAGAGAUGCUCUUCUUCAUCAGAACUUACAAUACACCAGAGAAUCCAUACAGGAGAGAAACCUUAUAGCUGCUCUCAGUGUGGAAUGAGUUUCUCUCGAUCAUACUCAUUGAAAUCACACCUAAGAAUUCACACAGGAGAGAAACCAUAUGGCUGUGAUCAAUGUGGGAAAAGUUUUGCUACCUCAGCUAACCUGACUGCACACAAGAGAAUACACACAGGAGAGAAGCCUUACCACUGCUCUGACUGCGGAAUGAGCUUUAUCACCUCAAGGGAACUACUCCUACACCAGAGAACACACACAGGAGAGCAGCCUUAUAGCUGUGAUCAAUGUGGGAAGAGUUUUACUCAGUCAAACAACCUGAUAUCACACCAGAGAACACACACAGGACAGAAGCCUUAUAGCUGUGAUCAGUGUGGGAAAAGCUUUACUCAGUCAGGUCACCUGAAAUCACACCAGAGAACCCACACAGGAGAGAAGCCUUAUAGCUGUGAUCAGUGUGGGAAGAGAUACUCUGAUUUAAGGGAUCUGAAUAAACAUAAUAACAUACAUGCAGGAGAUCCAGAUUGUGGAAUGACCUCAGAUACCAGACCUGGGUAGUAGAACACAGAGUGUGGAAUGACCUCCAACACCAGACCACGGUAGUAGAACACAGAUUGUGGAAUGACCUCCA